AUGAUGACCGCCCAGCAAUCCAAGAAUGGCCUUGUUGGUGUUGACGACCAAGCCAGGAGUGAAGAAUCAUCAUCCAAUAAUAAUAAUAAUAAUAAUGAUAACAAUAAUAAUAAUAUACAGGAACGGGAUGGCGAUGCUGAUAGAAUGAGAGAGCAAUCCUCCGAUUACUUUGAGGAAACCAACGCCGAUGAAUAUUAUAUUGAUAGAACAAGAAGAGAACAGUCCGAUGACUUAUUUGAUGAGGCCACUGAAUCAUCCAACGAACGGGAUCGUGAUGUAAUGAUGAUGGAACCAUCCAAGUACUUUGAGGCCACGGAAGCGAAUGCAUAUGAUGAUAGAACCUUAUUGGACACAUUUGGUCAAGUCGCAAAGGAUUUCUUGACGAAAAAGGUGAUACCAGAUACGGAUGCCGAAUGCAAAUGGGAUUGGAGAUCUGUGAGAUGCGAACCAUACUGUGAGUGUGAUUUCAAUUUCAAAGGUGGGGACUAUCAUCUGGGACGAUCUUGUCGAAGGCGACUGCAUGUGGAGGAGCACUGCGACCCUGACGCUCCCAAUGCCCCAAGAACAGCAACUGGGGUUCGUUACGUUAUUUUGCGAACUGUUCAGACCUCGAGAACCCUAGUGCAAAGAGUAAUCCAAAAGGGAAAGACAGCAUAUUGGAGGCUACAGAAUAGAGUUUGCAGUCGAAUACCUGAGAACCUCGCAUGUCCAACUUCAGCUGAGGAUAUGAAACAUGUACCUUUGUUUGCGUGGCAAGAAAAAUUGCUCUGUCGGAAGCAAAUACCAGAUUGUUUGAUGAAGAUGCCAACACCGCCAGCGGAGACGAUAUCGCCAGUCCGAAGAGAUGAGUCAUUUUGA